UUUGUAUGUUUGUGAAAAAAGUUUGGAACUUUUUGAAGUAUGGUGCAGAAAGAAGAUAUGUUUGGAGUGUUUUGGUUUUUGGUUUUGAUGAUAUUGUUGAAUGUAUCUUCUGCUACACUUUCACCUUCUGGUGUCAAUUAUGAAGUGGUGGCUCUAAUGGCUAUAAAGCAGAAUGUAAAGGAUCCACAUAAUGUUCUUUACAACUGGGAUUUGUCAUCUGUUGAUCCUUGUAGUUGGGGGAUGAUUACUUGUAACUCUGAUAGAUCUGUUUCUGCUUUAGGGCUGCCUGGUCAGAGUUUAUCUGGGACGAUAUCGCCUGCAAUUGGAAAUCUUACUAACUUGCAAUCUAUUACGCUACAGAAUAAUUCAUUUUCUGGUCCAAUCACUGGCGCAAUUGGGAGAUUAUGGAACCUACAAACACUUGAUCUUUCGGGGAAUAAGUUCAGUGGUGAGCUGCCUAGUUCUUUGGGUGAUCUCAGGAACUUGAAUCUGUUGCGGUUAAACAACAAUAGUCUAACUGGACCAGUUCCUAAAUCGUUAUCUGAAGUUCAAAGCCUCACUCUUGUAGACCUGUCGUAUAACAAUUUGAGCGGUUCUUUGCCUAAAGUAUCAGCGAGGACAUUCAAAAUUAUUGGCAACCCUUUACUAUGUGAGCGUACUUCCGAAAAUGAUUGUUCAGUCGUUUAUCCCGAGCCUCUGUCUUUUCCGCCGGAUGGUAUCACAGCAGGGGAAUCCUCAUCAGGGGGGAAAAGUCGACAUCUGGCUAUUGCCCUUGGCACAAGCUUUGGUGCUUUGUUACUACUAAUCCUGAUUGUUGCGUUGCUUAUUUGGUGGCGAUAUAGGAAGAAUCAACAAAUUUUCUUUGAUGUAAAUGAUCAAUAUGAUCCUGAGGUAUGCUUGGGCCAUUUGAGGAGGUUUACAUUUAAAGAACUACGGGCCGCCACAGACCAUUUCCAUGUGAAAAAUAUUUUAGGUAAAGGUGGAUUUGGAAUUGUUUACAAGGGGUUAUUAACAGAUGGCACUACAGUGGCCGUUAAAAGGUUGAAAGAUGACAAUAGUUUUGGGGGUGAGAUCCAGUUUCAUACAGAAGUCGAGACCAUCAGUUUGGCCGUUCAUCGUAAUCUUCUGCGCCUUUGGGGAUUCUGCUCAACUGAAAACGAGCGGAUUCUAGUCUAUCCCUAUAUGCCAAAUGGCAGCGUUGCUUCUAGAUUAAAAGAUAAUAUACAUGGUAAGCCGGUAUUGGAUUGGGGGAGAAGAAAAAAUAUUGCUUUAGGCACAGCAAGAGGUUUAUUGUAUUUACAUGAGCAGAGUGAUCCAAAGAUAAUUCAUCGUGAUGUUAAAGCUGCUAACAUUCUUUUGGAUGAAGACUUCGAGGCAGUUGUUGGUGAUUUUGGGUUAGCUAAGCUGUUGGACCACCGUGAUUCUCAUGUGACCACUGCGGUUCGUGGUACAGUAGGUCACAUUGCUCCUGAGUACUUGUCAACGGGUCAAUCAUCAGAAAAAACUGAUGUUUUUGGUUUUGGGAUAUUGCUUUUGGAGCUAAUAACGGGUCAAAAAGCCUUAGAUUUUGGAAGAACGGCUGCUAACCAGAAAGACAUAAUGCUUGAUUGGGUAAAGAAGCUACAUAAAGACGGGAAACUGAACCUGAUAGUCGACAAGGCAUUAAAGAACAGUUUUGACAGAGUCGAGUUGGAAGAAAUGGUUCAAGUAGCACUUUUGUGUACCCAAUUUAACCCUUUGUAUCGACCCAAAAUGUCUGAAGUAUUGAGAAUGUUGGAAGGAGAAGGGUUGGUGGAGCGAUGGGAGGCGUCCCAAUCAAUUGAAACACCUAGGUUUCGAGCGUUAGAAAGUUUCCCACGUAGAUAUGCAGAUUAUAUAGAAGAGUCUUCACUUGUAUUUGAAGCAAUGGAACUUUCGGGUCCACGAUGACCCAUAACACUCAUGGUUCAACACGCUUGUGGUGAUGUUUAUAGUUUGAUGAAUGCAUGUAGUUCAUAUGUAAGAAAGUUAAAAGGAAAUCUAGUAUUACAGUGGUUGCUCUGUGCUUUUGUUCAUAUAGAAAAUCAGGCUUCACUGCUCUUGUUA